CUAAAACUCAAUCGAUGGUCUCUUUCAGGGACUUUCCCAGAGGCCUGAACGUUAUCAAAACCAAACGUAUUCUCGCUCUCGCCGUCGUCUUGCAUAUUCUUUGCAGUCUGAUGACUCAAACUUUGGGAGCGGGUAGAGAUCCAGUUAGGAAAUUAUUAAGCUGGAAUUCUUUUUCAGCUAAGGUGGGGAAUGCUGUUGGAAUAGGUUGCUCCCAGGAUCACGACUCCUGGCUGUCGCCAACUGCUCCCCGUCCUCAUGCCAGCCGAGGGCCCCAACUCCGACGGCACGAGAUCACCCCAGCCCGCAGACGCACCAAUGAAUCGGGCACAUCUGCUGGACAGUGCGUUGUCCGCCCACUACCGGCGCUCAAUGGCACCAACGUAACUCGCACGGCCCCGCGCACCCCAACUCCCAAGCACACAAGGGUGCACCCAGGUCUUUCAAGGCGACUGGGCCGAACGCCUCGCAAACAGGUUGAAGACAUUUGCCGAACGUUCAGUCGUCUGCGCCUGCAAGCCGACUCAGAGGCAGAAUGCCACGCACCUCGGAGCCGAAGCGACGUCGCCUCCAAACCGACUAGGAAACGUCCUCCGACAUCACUCGAAACGACUUCCCACCGGCUGGAAGUCGUUCCUGGAAAAGACUGGGCAUCCAGGUUGUUGAAUUCACACAAGAUUCUCACGGACCCUUGGAGCUUGAGGUGGUUUGUUCAGGGCUAA